AUGAAACGAUCGGGUGACAGUGAGGGGGAGAAGAGGAGAAAGAGGCGGAAGCUGCUGCAGGAGCUGGGAAACCAGAAGAUCCCCUUCCUGGGCCCUUCGGACCAGGGCUACCAACAGCUGUGGGAGUCCAGUUACUCCGGCCUGGUUCUGAGGCGGGCCUCCUCGCUGCCCGCCGAGCUCCACGUCCGGGUCCAGGCGGCGCUGCUCACCCUGCGGGGGAAGGGCUGCCUCCUGAGGGAUCUGGUCCGCAUCCGGGAGCGAGACGUGUUCACCGUGGUUUCCCGGACCCUGCUGGGCGAGCCGGGCCACACCUACCGGUACCUGGACACGCGGCUCUUCGCCAUCCCCUGGCACAGCGAGGACGCCGAGGUCAAAGGGCGCACCUGUUGCGACCCGGAUUUCCGGGCCGCCUGCCGGGCGUUGUGGGAGCUCAACACCUUCUUCUGCUCCGAUGUGCCUCUGAUGGAGGACGGAGACAGGUUCAUGCAAUGCGGGAAGGGGAAGGCGGAGGCCGGCCAGGCCGAAGAGGUCGGCGCCGCCGCUGGGUCCAAGCGCAGCGACGACUCCAAAGAUAGCGAAGGAGGGGACUCGGAGGCCCGGCAGAGCGAGGAGGGGGACUCCGAGUCCAAGCACAGCGACGAGUGGGACAGCGAAGAAGGCUGCUCCGGGUCGAAGCCUGGAGGCCCGUGGGAGACGGAGGCCAAGCGCAGCAGUGAGGAAGAGAAGGAGGAGGAAGAGGAGGGCGAGUCCGGCCAGGUCCGACCGAGUGAAGCGGGCGGCGACGAGGUGAAACCCGCGGGGCGGGGGGGGAGUCCGGUGGCGCAACCGGAGCACGGCGUGUCGGAUCGGCGCGUCGAGGACCGGGAGAAAGCCGCCGUCCCGGUCCGGUUCAACGUCACCUUGCUGAACUACAUGGACCCGGCGGCCAUGAGCCAGCUGAAGGAGGAGCCGUACUACGGCAUGGGCAGGAUGGCGGUCGGGUGGCACCACGACGAGAACCUCAUCAGCCACUCCCCGGUGGCCGUCUACAGCCACAACUGCCACAACGGUGAGAGCGGCGAGGGACGCAGCGGCGAGGGGGGGGCGACGAGCUGGAGGAUCGGCCUCAAGGUGGCCUGGGACAUCCACACGCCGGGCCUCACGCUGCCCCUGGAGCCCGGAGACUGCUACUACAUGAGAGAUGACCUGAACAGCACUCACCAGCACUGCGUCUUGGCCGGGGAGAACUCGCGCUUCAGCUCCACGCACAGAGUGGCCGAGUGCUCCAGCGGGACCCUGACCUACAUCCAGUCCCGGUGUCAAGAGGCCCUGUCCAACCUGCACACGGACCCGGAGACGGGCUCCCACAGCCUGCUGGCCCUGCGGCCCACCACGCUGCAGCACUGCGAGGAGAUUCACAACGAGGUGGAGUUCGAGUGGCUGAGGCAGUACUGGUUUCAGGGCCGGCGCUUCGCCCGAUUCUGCAGCUGGUGGAGCGGCCCGAUGGAGCAGCUGGAGAAGGACUGGAGGCUCAUGGAGACGAUGACCACGCUCUUCCUGGAUACGGUGGAGGAGGAAGAGGAGGAGGAGGAGGAAGGAAAGGGGAGGAGGGAGAUGGCUGAAACUCUGCUGUCCGCCUUGACGGAGAGACACCAGCAGAGGCAGACCUGGAGAGACAGGUGCCACUCCAGUCUGGCCCAGACGCUGCCCCCCCAGGAGGCCCCGGUGGACCGGCCCUUCUGGGCCGCGGGGGACCCCGACAUGCCGCUGCCCUUUGACCUCGCCGACAUCAUCAACCGGGUGGAGUCGCUGAUCUGGAGGAUGUGAAGGAUGGAGAGAGGAAGUGAGGAAGUGAGGAAGUGAGGAAGAGGAACAACCCCCAGCUCCUCUGAAGUCUCCACGCCAUCGGCUGAGAGGACAGAGAUUAGAUUAGAUUGGUCCAUGUAACCCAGACAGUCUUCUACACACACACACACACACACACACACACACACACACACACACACACACACACACACACACACUCUGCGGGCCGAUCCACAAAGACACGAAAAUCCACUUUUCAAAAACAGCCAGAAAAGAUGGCCGCCGUCAGAGUCCUCUCACCACACGCUGUUAACAUGUAGAGCGCACUCUCCUCUCCUUUCCUCUCCUUUCCUCUCCUCUUCUUUCUUUCCUUUACUUUCCUUUCCUCUUCUCUUCUUUCUUUCCUUUACUUUUCUCUUCUUCUUUUUACUUCUGAAGUUUUUUCCAAGAUGUUAACGGUUGCCAAACAUUGUUUGUUGUCUCCUCUUCGUCCCUCUUGUUUGUUUGUUGUUGUCUCCUCUUCUUCCCUCUUGUUUGUUUGUUGUUGUCAGAGAUUUGUUUGAACAUCUCUGAGCACAGAUUACGCAAAAUGAAUAAAAAUAUAAAUAAAGAAACAACCUGCAUC